UGCGGAAAGUCGCGGAAGGCUGCGGAACAAUUUGUGGCUAGUUCGUCGUGAAUUCAUCUGCGGUGGUUAAUUCGGUAACCAAUGGCAACGCACGCUGCGGUCGAUGGAGCGCAGCCGACGGAGCUCCCAGACGAGGACUUUAUGACGAAUCCUUCGCUGGCCAUGGACGCUUGCUUCACCGCUUUCGACAAGGAUGGAGAUGAUCGGUUGUCGCUGAACGAGUUCACACUGAUCUGCCGGGCACUGUUUCGGAACGAUAAGGGACACAUCUACGUGGUGCCGUCGGACCGGCUCGAGCAGAUGUUCGCCGUCUUCGACAAGAACGAGGACGGCUACAUCGACCGGGAGGAGUUCCAGUUCUGCUGGAACCAGUGGAUCAAAACGAUCGUCCGUCCCAUCAGCUCGUUUCUCAUCGUCGACGUGCAGAACGAUUUCAUAAGCGGCUCGCUCAACAUCAGCAACUGUAGCGCCCAGCAGAACGGGCUGGAGGUUAUCGAGCCCAUCAACAAGCUGCUGGACACGGUGGACUUUGACGCGGUGUUCUACUCGCUCGACUGGCACCCGAGCGAUCAUGUUUCGUUCAUCGACAACAUCAAACAGCGACCGAUCCAUCCGACCAGUCCGCUGAACGCGGACAAUGCGCAGGUUUACGAUACGGUCAUCUUUGCCGGCCCACCACCGAUGAAGCAGCGACUGUGGCCCCGACACUGCGUCCAGGACUCGUGGGGCUCGGAGCUGCACAAGGACCUGAAGGUGGUCGAGCAUGGCGUGAAGGUGUACAAAGGCACCAACCCGGAGGUGGACUCGUACUCGGUGUUCUGGGACAACAAGAAGCUCUCGGACACGACGCUGUGCGCCCAGCUGCGGCUGAAGGGUGCCACGGACAUCUACGUGUGCGGGUUGGCGUACGACGUGUGCGUUGGUGCAACGGCCAUCGAUGCGCUGUCGGCCGGCUACCGGACGAUCCUGAUCGACGACUGCUGCCGGGGCGUAGACCUGAACGACAUCGAGAGCACCAAGCAGACGGUGAUUUCCAGCAACGGCGUCAUCGUGUCAUCGCGCGAGAUAAAGGCCAUGGUCGAAGGGCGCGACCGUCGCCCGGAGCUCGGCUACAAGCUGGCGAUGGAGCUGAAAAACUCCGAAUCGGACCUAUCGAAGAACAACGCCUGCCGACGACAGUCCCAACAGCAGGCGCAGCAGCAGCAGCAGCAGCAACAGCAACAGUCGUCCCAGUAAUAAGUCCUUCGCGUCCGCGCUCGGGUUCGGUUGGUCCCCUCACCACAAGCGAUGGAGUAACGAGCGACCACCCCGGCCCGACUUCCGUGACAUUCCCUGUUGUUUGGGUCGUUUUUUGUGCCCCGUGCUUCGUGAGGGGCCACUGGCCGCAAGAUGUCUUUUAAGAUUCCUCUCACAAUCGGCAACGUUAACCAAAAGUCGGGACGCGUUGAGAUGAGGGUCAAGUUCAAAGCCGACGGACGGUCGCGAUUGCGAUCGAACGGGUCACCGAACGGCCGUGGUGGUUUAUUGCCUUCGCUUUCACGCCUUCGGGUCGGUCCUUAAUCGUUUAUUGCACCGGAAGUCGAUAGCGCCACAUCUGCCGCGGCGGGUCUGCUUGUUGUGCAGUUGUGCCACCCCGGCCAGCGGCUGCCGAGUGAUUGCUUUCUCUUUUCCAGCCCUUGUGGUGGGGGUGAGAAAUUUAUGCUGCUACCCCAAGAACAAUAGGCCGCAUGUGGGAAUCGGGAAUGCGGAAAAAAUUGAAAAUAAAACCGCUUCCGAAAUCCAUUACCCGGUUUUAUGAGGUUAUGCGGGCGCUCCAGGGGCGCAAUCUUCGCCCCGGCGGGGGUGCCCUGCCGUGGUGGGGAUUUGA